AUGUCUGCCCCGCGCAAUGCUCAAAAGGUUUCUGCUGGGACGUACACUCCUACCCAACUUCAAAAGAUCGUCUGGGGUUCAGGUAGCUUGUCCAGUCUGCCCGAACUGGUCCAGCUCGUCUCUGUACCUCCUCACGCUUCCACAGACCAACCAAACCAACCUGCCAAAGCGAUGAUCCUAACAGGCUCUUCUCUCUCCAAAACCUCCAUCAUUCCAGAAGCCGAAAAGAUGUUGGGCAAGCAUUUCGCAUUGACGUACACUGGCAUUGGCGAACACUCGCCCGUCGAGGGCAUACGCAAAGCUUUGAGCGGGAUGAAAGAACACGGAGCUAAUGUGAUUGUGGCUAUUGGAGGUGGAAGUCCCAUCGAUGCUGCCAAGGCCAUCUCCUACUACGCGCACCAAGAAGCGCAACAAGACAAGGACAAGCACGGCUGCAAAGAUGGCAAGGAUGAUGACGACGAUCAUGAUGACUUUAUUCCCAUCAUUGCGGUCCCCACCACGCUCAGCGCUGCACAGACAUCUCGAAAUGCAGGCUAUACGGACGGAGGGAAAAAAGUGGGCGUGAGCGAUGCGAGGAUCGUUCCUCGGGCCCUGGUGCUGGAUGCCGAUCUCACGCUCCAGACGCCCGAGAGGUUGUGGCUGUCGACGGGAAUGAGGGCGGUGGAUCACGCGAUCGAGCUGCUCUAUCGACCCGAUCCUUCGCCCCUCUUGCGCAACAUGUGGUUAGGUGCACUUCGCGAUCUCUUUCACCUCUUGCCCAUGUCAAAAUCUCAACCUCAAAAUGUCGACGUUCGACAAAGAUUGCUCCUCGCUUCCGUCGCUUCGCUCUGGUCGGAGGAUCGUGUGGGGGCGUUGGGCUUGUCGCAUGCCCUGGGACAUGCGUUGGGCGCUACGUACAAGAUUGGACAUGGUAUCACAACCUGCUUGACUUUAGCACCCACCAUUCGUCUCAUGGCUCAACUUCCCCUCGACAAGAUCGGCACCGAACAGCUCGUAGCGCUUUCCGAGUCCCUCGACCACAUUCCAAAGCCUUAUCACGUCGAUGCUUUGCACAACAUCGCACCACCUACGGGCGCUCUGUUGCAGCAGCAACCUUACAAGGAGCUGGAUGAGCAGAGCGCAACACCUCUCAGACAGAGGGCGCAAAAAGUGGCGGAUGCGGUGCAAAGGCUGAUAGAUGAUCUGGGAUUGCACAGCACCCUGCAACCGUUGGGCGUGCCCAGACAAGAUUUGGACAAGAGUGAGUACGACAUCCCCGACCCUUGA